AUGAUUCCCUCCCGAUUGAGCAGUAUCUCCCUCGCAGCUCUGCGACCCACCCAAGCUACAGCUUCCCGGUCGACCCAGCUGUUCGCGCGACGGAGUUUCGCAACGCAGCCACCGCAGCAUGGACAGAGGUCGAGCGAUGUCCCAUAUGCCCUAGGCGCCCUGAUCCUCGGCGGAGGAGGAGCAUUCCUGUUGCUACAAUCAGGACCCGAAAAGAAGCCACACCAUGAACCGAUCAAAGAACAGGCUGCUCAAUACGUAAAGGGGACCCAGGAAUCCGUGACCGGAGAGAAAAGCAACAGCUCGUUCGAACAGCCGCCAUCCACAGUUGAUCCGGCCAGUUCGAGGAAAGAAGCUGGUGGAUACAAUAGCAUGUCUGGAAAGCAGGAGGGUCUCUCCAACGCCACCAGCGACAAUCCCUACAUAAAUGAUCCGAGUCAGAGUAACAAGGGCGAGGGAGAGUCGGACUCGGUCAAGGUGAAGGGGACUAUUUCUCCAAGCCGCCCACAAGCCUAA